AUGAUAAAGUUGGGCAUAAUAGGUGCAGGACCUUCCUCUUUCUACGUCGCAUCACGCCUGCUGUCCGCACUCCCGCCUACCAAGGGAAAACCGUUCCUAAACAUUCACAUCUAUGACCGUCUGUGGGCUCCCCAUGGGCUCGUGCGAUACGGGGUCGCGCCAGAUCACCCUGAAGUUAAGAAUUGUACUCACAAAUUCGAUCUUGCUGCCACUGACCCCCGCCUGCGCUUCUUUGGAAACGUGAACAUUGGCUCGUCGUCGCCUCUCCCUCACGCGCUUUCAUUGCCACUCAGUGCUCUUCUUCCACACUACACCCAUCUGCUGUUUGCUACUGGAUGCACUGUGCCUAUUCUCCACCCGGCACUUCCUCCGUCGCAAUAUUGCGUCCCCGCUCUAUCGCUUGUACACUGGUACACACAACAUCCAUCGCGCCCAUCGCCACCUCCACUAGAACAGAUAUCUCACGUCGCACUAAUCGGCCAGGGCAACGUCUCACUCGACGUCGCACGAAUGCUGCUCACGCCGCCGGCAGAACUCAGAAAAUACGAUGUACCACAGUCUGUACUUUCUGUGCUUGAACGUUCGGCAGUUCAGCACGUAUCUAUCGUAGGAAGGAGGGGUCCCCUACAAGCAGCAUUUACAACGAAGGAGCUGCGCGAGAUGAUGAAUCUACCUGACGCGUCGAUGGCCCCACUAGACCCAUCAGUACUGAAGAUCCCAGAAGGGGAAGAGCUCACGCGGCAGCAGUCGCGCACCCUACAGUUGCUCCAAAAAGGCUCAAAGAACAAACCAGGGAGCACGCGCAAGACGUGGUCUCUGGAUUUCUUCCGGUCGCCUACCGGGUUAGUCGCGUCCUCGACACCGCCAUCCCCAUUGCACCGCGAAGACGCAGAGUUAACGCUGGCGCACACGAUGCUUGACCCUUCCGUGCGCGCGGUUCCAACGGGAGAAACGUCCACACUCUCAACCUCCCUCGUCGUCACCUCGCUCGGACAUCGCUCGGAGCCCGACGCUGCAUGGUACGACCCGGCGCUCGGCCAUCUGCGCGCCGUCGGCGGACGCGUGGUGGGCGAUGAUGGGCGCACUGUCCGGAGGGUGUAUGCCAGCGGGUGGGCAGCGACAGGCGCGCACGGGGUGCUCGCGGGUACCAUGAUGGACGCGUAUUCGGUCGCUCAGACCAUCCUGGUAGACUCGUUAUCCAAACGUGAUCUGCCUAUUGGGAAUGUCGGUGCCGGAGCGGCGACCUUAGAUGCAGAUCCAGGUGAGGGUCAGCCUGUGACUGAGGUAUUACCUGAGACGGUGGCGAGCGACGGCCCCCCUCCUGAGGUCGAGGCAGCACAGCGGACCGGAGUGGUCACUGGCUAUGAGGACUGGCUGGCAGUGAGUAAGGAGGAGGUGAGGCGAGGUGAAACGUCGGGAAAGGAGCGCGAGCGGAUGAGCUGGGAGGAGGCACAUGAGUUCCUUUCGGGAAGGCCGGCCUAA